GAUGCUGAGGAAAGUUGUUUCGGUGUACCUCAGAGCAUUGUUUGUGAUCAGAAUUCAACCAGCCCGGAUGUUGCCUCGCUUUCAACCCCAUCCACUGACAACUUAGUCGGUGAUGAUGACUUCACCGGCCUCAUCAGCAUGUUAGUGGUGAGACUUCUGUCAAAAAUCCAAACCCAAACUGAUCUGUACCCAACUGACGUCACACGCACGUCACAAGACCUGAUUCCAAAAGUUAUAGCUGCCUUCUGUGCAUGGUCAGGCUGCUCUGAGACCCAAGCUUAUCCCAAGAACCUGAAGAGUCACAAAGUAUACAGCACCGUCUACAAACAUCUGUUGAAGGAGUUUGGCUCAGAGAAAAUACUCCAACUGGCCGUGUCGACUCAGGACUCCACUUUCAAUAGGAUUCUUGUGAAGUCAUUGAGCAAGGAGCUUCUCCACAGUUGUAACGAGGCAUCAAGAGCAGCCUCAAGAACAUCUUUCGAAGCCACCAGGCCAGAAGCUCUUCUCAUGGCUGAAGAUGUGAAGGCUACCAGAGGGAAGCUGUCUUUCCUACAAAGGCUUGCCAGACUGAAAUUCAACUUAAAGCCAUUCAUGAUGGGAAACAAGAAGAAUUCCCGCCAUUCUGAAUCCAAAGACCAGACUACUGCUGAAGAGAUCAUGUUGGCACAUCCUGCCACGUUUGGACUCCCAGAGGGUCUUCCCUCCACCUCUCAACAGGAGAAGCCUCGCAAACGUCCCCUUCUAAUCAGGAUGUUUUCCACCAUCUCCAUAGGCCUAUCCAAGCCAUUCAAACGGUUUUCAAAGCAAGCUUAAUACAACAAUUUCCUUUAAUACAGUAAUAUUUGCAUUGAAUUGAUGGCGUUUGUCUUCUUUUGUGUU